UAUCUUUAAUUUAUUUCCGAAGCUGGACGGUGGAUUCAAUUGUCAAAAGUCCGUAUUUUUGAGCGGGACGCACGCACCAUGCACAUAGCGGACAUAGCUGUCUUUCUGUUUGUAGUAGUGAUCAUCGUUGUCUCGUUGCUGUCCAACGUGGUGGUGGUAAUCUGCUUUCUGUACAACCCGGAGAUUCGAAAGCAGGUUCCCGGGUUGUUUAUACUCAACCUUACCUUCUGCAACCUCUUUCUUACCGUUUCUACCAUGCCUCUAACUCUGGUCGGACUUAUCAACAAAGGAAACCCUGGAAGCAGCGGGUUCUGUCAAACUGUGGGUUUCCUGGACACUUUCCUCACCACGAACUCAAUGCUCAGUAUGGGGGCUUUGAGCAUCGAUAGAUGGGUGGCGGUGGUUUUUCCGCUAAGCUACCACUCCAGAAUACGACACCGGGACGCAGUGAUAGCUCUGGCAUACACGUGGAUCCACUCGCUCUCCUUCUCCACGGUGGCCACCUGCCUCUCCUGGGUUGGGUACCAUCACCUUUACGCAUCCUGUACGCUCUGCAAUGCGAGAGCAAGUGACACUAAGACGCAGUUCAUCAUCUACACUGUGGUUUUACACUCGCUCACUUUUCUCAUGACCUUGAUUGUGUUGUGUGUAACGUACCUGAAAGUGCUGAAAGUUGCGCGUUUUCACUGUAAACGCAUCGACGUGAUCACUAUGCAGACCUUAUUGCUGCUUGUGGAUAUUCACCCGAGUGUGCGCCAGCGAUGCCUGGAUGAGCAGAGACAGCGGAGGCAGAGAGCCACCAAGAAGAUCAGCACAUUCAUUGGAACGUUUGUGGUGUGCUUUGCCCCCUACGUCAUUACGAGAAUUGUGGAGCUCUCCACCCCAGGACACAUAAGCCCUCAUUGGGGUGUCCUGUCCAAGUGUUUGGCCUACAGCAAGGCAGCCUGCGACCCUUUUGUCUACUCACUGCUCCGGAACCAGUACAGGAAGACAUGCAGUGACCUGGCCAACAAGAUCCUGAAGAGGAGCUCCUUUAACUCCUCCGUCCGCAGGGUGGAGAAUGGCAGGGCUACCGAUACCAACAACACCAAACCCACCCAGUGAAGGGCCUUGCUAUUGCCUGACUAUGGCAAGAUGGAGACAUUGAGGUACCUACAUACUGUACCUAAGUACUGAGUCAUGGUUGGAGAGUGGAGAGGGUUGAACAGACCUUAGAAGAGAUUGCUGAUACGUAUCGAUUUCGUACUUUUGCGAUGUUGAGUGUGGUUAAGUGUUGCUCUGCUGUCUCAUGGUGUGACAUGAGUGAGAAAAUGUGACAAGUCAUUAAAUGGGAAGAUAUGACAGAGAGUCAUGUGGGUCAUGAAUUACUGUUGCUAAGGGAGUGAGUCACUUGUAGUUCAUUUAAGUAUGUUAAUUAGUGUAACAUGUUUUCAUUCCAACUGAGUGGUUUUGACAGAGGGAUGUCAAGUUGUACCACAUAUUACUUUAGAUAAGACAAGUUAGAUUUUGACGUAUGUUGUUAGUCUAGUAACACCACCAGGAUUCACUAUUCAUGAUGGUUUUUAUUGUAACAUUUCAUUACAACCCGCCCUCAUAUUUUAUAACAUUGUUUAGUUGAUUGCAGUGCUUGACUCAACUGUUCUAUUGCUUGAGUUCCUGCACCUCUUAUAGAAUAUACAGAAUAUUAGCUCAAAAGUAUUGUGGAGUGCCUGCACCAUAUAAACAGUACCGGAACCCCAAAUGAGUACCAGCACCUAUUUAUGUCCAAGU